UCUAUGGUACUAAGUAAGCAGGAAGAAAUCCCUGUAAUACACACGUGCUGCCGCAACUGGUUUUGUAGGUGCAGACAAUCAUACAGUAAGAGAGAAGUCCAGAAGCAGAGCAUUGUGUCCCUCCUGGAGAGGGUCAUGUUGGGAGGAGUGCUUAUACACAUGACAUAAAGAACACAACUGGGACAAAAUGGACCCUUUAAAAGCACAGCAGUUGGCGGCAGAACUAGAGGUGGAAAUGAUGGCAGAUAUGUAUAACAGAAUGACUGGUGCGUGUCACAAAAAGUGUGUUCCUCCUCACUAUAAAGAGCCAGAACUUUCCAAAGGGGAGAGCGUCUGUCUUGACCGCUGUGUGUCUAAAUAUCUUGAUAUCCAUGAGCGUAUGGGCAAGAAACUUACAGAACUGUCUAUGCAAGAUGAGGAGCUGAUGAGGAAAAUGCAGCAGGGCGUGGGGACCGCAUAGUAACAGUCACGAUAUUGCAGCUGCUUCCUGAAUCCGGAGGAUUUUUGUCUACUUGUAUAUUGGCCUUGUGUCUUCAUUUUUUUUUUUUUUAUUUAAAUGUUUUCUGUGUUGUGCACUUUGUGCAGUGUAUUUAAUUUUAUGUUUCAUUCUUUGUGUAACACAGACUCCUAGAUGAAUAAAACUGUGUUUUCAUAGUG